CACGUGAAACAUUGUUUCGAUUUGCGAUCCUUUGCUUACAUAGGUUGUACUGCUCCGUCAUCGAAGCCCGACAUAGAGCAAGCUAUGUUAUGCUAAGGCAUCACUGGGCCGGAUCGUCGUGAAUAACCUCGAUCAACAAAUUUGUGCAUUGUGAGUCGUCCGGUCACAUGAUAUGCAAAUCAGGGUCAGGGAGCGAUGUUAUGCUAAGUCAUAGCUGCGCCGUCCAGAGUGUGUGGAAAGAUGGCAAAACAAUCUCCUUCCUGUUUCCCAAAUAGUGAUGUUGUAUUUCUUGACCGCGGUAAUGGAACAUCUGUACUCGUGCACUUGCAUGGAGCCACCAUUUUGUCCUGGAAGUGCCAUGAACAAGAAGUCUUGUUUUUGAGUGAGAAGGCUGUGUUUGAUAACAAAAAGGCCAUCAGAGGUGGAAUACCAGUAGUCUUCCCUAAUUUUGGUCCCUGGGAUCUUGGCCCACAGCAUGGCUUUGCAAGGACAAAGAGAUGGAAGACAGAAACACCACCUAGAAAGGAUAGUUCAGGCAAUGUUGUAGCUGAGUUCGUCCUUCAAGACGAUGAGGCCACCCGAGCCGUGUGGGACUUCAGGUUUAAGGUUGUCUACACUGUCCAGGUGAUGGAGAAGACACUCACUUUAAAUAUGGCUGUGAACAAUGUGGACAGCAAAGACUUUGACUUCACCUGUCUCCUACACACAUACUUCCGUAUCCCUGACAUCUCUAAUACAGCAGUCAUUGGUCUGCAGAACACCACCUAUGUAGACAAGGUCAGUUGUCCAGAACAAGGAUGUAGACAAGGUCACUUGUACAGAACACCACCUAUGUAGACAAGGUCACUUGUA